AUGACUCGACUCAGGGAUCUGGUGUUUACGGGCCGGGAGUUCACGAGUAAACUAACCGUACGAAAGGCACGGAAAAUAAUGAGUAAUAAACACCAGGAUGUAUACCCUAUGCGUAGGAGGGUCAGAGGAUUCUGUAUUAUCAUUAAUAACCAGAUGUUUGCGGACCCGAUGCUAAAGUUCCGGAGCGGUUCCCGAGCGGACGCCUACCGACUGUCCGAUGUGUUCAGUCAACUCGGUUUCGAUGUCCAUAUGUUUGCUAAUCAGACCAGUGGUCAGAUGAUGGAGCUAUUGAUAGGGUUCUUGGAUAGGAAGGCAGACCUGUCAGCCCACGAUGCGCUGGCGGUUAUUAUAUUGAGUCACGGCUGUAAGGAUGGUGUGUACGGGUCGGACGGACAGGUAGUUUACGUCGGCAAUAUAUUGUUGCACUUUAAUAAUAAAACCUGUGCAACCCUUAUUGGAAAGCCUAAAAUGUUGUUUGUAACCGCAUGCAGGGGCGAUGAAAUGGACCAGGGUGUAGAGCUACUGAACCGGCCUAGCUUUGGAAUAACUCGUGGUUAUUCAUCGCCACGUAAUACAAUAACUGGUUCGUGGUUUGGUUAUGGGGUGGCCCACUGUUUGGCGCAAUACUCGGCCACUGAACACCUCAACGACUUGAUGACCAUAAGAGUAGCACAAUAUGUUGAUCACCGGAUCAGUCAAAUACCAGGUGUCGGUGCCUUCAAGUCGGCCAUUGAGUGUAAAACUUUAGGUUUUGUCAAAAAAAGAAAUCGGAUGGAGAUUGAAAAUGAAUUACUGGUAAUCAUAGCUAACAUGGAGUCCAUGGAUUGGAAAGACAUUAAAAAAUUUGGUCACACAAUUGAAACAUCCGGAUUACUAACCCAUGAAUUAUGUGAACACUACUCAACCACUCAAUGGAUGACCCGACUCAACGAUCUGGUAUUUACGGGCCGGGAGUUCGCGAGUAAACUAACUGUUAGAAAGGCCCGCAAAAUAAAGUCUACUAAACGUGGAGACGUAUACCCAAUGCAUAGGAAAGUGUUUGCGGACCCGGAGCUAACAUUCCGGAGCGGUUCCCGAGCGGACGCCCACCGACUGUCCGAUGUGUUCAGUCAACUCGGUUUCGAUGUCCAUAUGUAUGACAAUCAGACCAGCGAUCAGAUGACGGAGUUGUUGAUGGGGUUCAGGGAUAAGAGGGAAGACCUGUCAGCUCACGACGCGCUGGCGAUUAUUAUAUUGAGUCACGGCUGCGAGGAUGGUGUGUACGGCACGGAUGGACAGAGGCGGUGA